GAAACGGACGGCUCGAAGCCAAUCGGUGCCGUGGACACAGGUGGGCUCGGUUCACCUCGGCUUGUAGUUGAGACAUGGCGGGGCAGGGCGAUCCGGUGCAGAGGGAAAUCCACCAGGACUGGGCUAACAGGGAGUACAUUGAGGUUAUCACCAGCAGUAUCAAGAAGAUCGCCGAUUUCCUCAAUUCAUUUGAUAUGUCUUGCCGCUCACGGCUAGCCACACUGAACGAAAAGCUGACGGCUCUAGAACGAAGGAUUGAAUACAUUGAGGCCAGGGUGACGAAGGGCGAGACUCUGACCUAAAGCCGCGGCGUUUCUACAGCCGAUGGGAGUAACCGUGAACUUUUAUGGAAUCAUGUCAGGGAGGAGCUGACACUGACCAUCAAACCUUCCUUCCUUUUCUAUCUUAACUCUUUGAUCAUUUAAAGCUUUUUAACAAGAGAGCUCAAACUAAUUCAGACUGCGAGUUCCAUACAGCGGUGACCCCCACGUUUGUGAAGGGGGGGGGACAUGGCAUAAAAUUGUGAAUGGGUUGGUUGGGGGUGGGGUGGGGAAGAAUUUGUGCCAACUGUUUGUGGUGGAGUGAGGUUUUUUUAUCUCCCUAAUUUCAAGAUUUGUGAUCUAACUCCCAAGUGUGAUGUAAGUGUAGCCCUGUCUUCCCAUUUUAUUCUUGAUAAAAUAAUGUCUCUCAAUGUGUAAUCUCCAGGUUACCGGCUGACUAGCCAGCUCUUGGAUGAGGGAAUAGUGACUGUUGAUGCAUAUGUAAUAACAUUUUUGGAGGGGGGGGGAGGGGAUUAGAAUUUUUUUUUUAAACCAUUUUAUUGUUUAUUUUCAUUGCUCCAAUGUGAUCCACUAUAUAUUGGAAAUUAAAAAAAAAUGUUUUAAAAGUUUGGGUGUUAAAUGUUAUUUUGUAUCGUAUCUGAAGAGCAGCGCCGUGGCGCAGAGGUAAAGUUGCGUCAGAGGCCUUGGUCCACUGACUGAAUAUCGCGCAACAGAAACGUUUUUCAUUGUACCUCGGUCCACGUGACAAUAAACUAAACUAAAAGUAA